GAACCCGGCUGUCAAAUUCGCCUGGAAAAAUCAAGUUCAUUCGCUCCUGCUCGAAAACUAGCAAAUAUUUAUUUUCAAAAUGAGCUCACCACGCUGGUUGCCUCUGGAGGCCAAUCCUGAAGUCAUGACGAAGGUGAGUUGCCUGAAAUAAAUGAACUUGUUGAGAAACAACUUACUAAAAAGUGACUGGAAUAUGUAGUAAGGCCUUCGUCAACUCUCUGGGCAUGAAGCUAAGUUGGCAGUUCGGAGAUGUGUAUGGAUUGGACCCAGUUCUGCUCGGCAUGGUUCCAAGACCCGUUUGUGCUGUGCUCCUACUCUUCCCAAUUACAGAGAAGUAUGAAACCUUCAAGCAAGAAGAAGAAGAGCGGCUGAGGAGUCAGGGACAUGAAGUGUCCCCAGACGUCUACUUCAUGAGGCAAACUAUUGGCAACGCGUGCGGCACGAUAGGAAUAAUUCACGCGGUUGCUAACAACUUGGCACACUUGGAAUUCGAACCUGACUCUGCUAUGAAGAAAUUUGUUGAACUCACCUGUAAAAUGAAUCCGCAAGAAAGAGGCGCCGUGCUGGAGAAAGAUGAGAGUAUACGUGUCAUGCAUGAAUCCAGUGCACAGGAAGGACAGACUGAGGCACCAGGCUUAGACGAGAAAGUCAACCUUCACUUUAUAGCUUUUGUGAACGUCGGAGGGCAGUUGUAUGAAUUAGAUGGUCGUAAACCCUUCCCUAUUCUCCAUGGGAAAACAUCAGAAGAUACUCUCCUUGAGGACGCGUCAGAGGUUUGCAAGACGUUUAUGGCCCGUGACCCGCAGGAGGUCCGCUUCACCAUCAUCGCCCUCUCCAAAGAUUCUUAGUGAGGCAAUACCCUGAGCGGAGGCAACAAUUUUACUGCCAAAACAUUCAGAAGUGCUGACUUAAUCUACAUCUUCCACAUAGCUAAGCUACUGAUUUGCGGGAAGCUAAUGAACGUGUUUCAAUUUAAAACAGGAAAAAAAAAUUCCAAUAAUUUGCCCAAGUUGGAUGAGAUUCUUCAGGAGGAUCGCCUCAUGCUAGCUUGUCAUUGCACUAAAAUGUUUACAAAAUCGAGCACAGUCUUCACGCUGCCGACGACUAUAUUAUGAAGUGCUUAGUAAUUAAGCAUGUGUCCUCCUGGGCGCCGAGCCAAGUAAAGACGCCGUUUACUUGUGAACGGUGCGGAUGUUUUUUGUAACCAUUUAAAAAUACUUGUCGAUUAAAAGCUCAAUGUCA